CUUCUGAAACCAACAGUCUUCGACCCACAAAAGGCUUAAAUAUAUAUCCUCCACCAAAUCAAAUUAAAAAAAAAAAUACCUAGCAAGUAUGGAUAACGGGAAAAUUAAGGAGUUGCCAUGCAAAUAUCACAUGAAUGGCGGUGAUGGUCCCAAGAGCUAUGCUAAGAAUUCUGAAUAUCAGAAACAACUACUUGGAUAUUCAAAGAAAGUAAUGGAUGAAUUGAUUCAGCAGCAGCUUGAUGUGGGAUUAAACCCUCAUUUUGAUGGCUGUAACCCAUUUCGCAUAGCAGAUUUUGGAUGUUCUACUGGCCGAAACACCUAUCUUGCAGCUCAGAAUAUUAUUGAAGCAGUGGAACAAAAGUAUAAAUCAAAUGAAGAAGAUCCUCAAGUACCAGAAUUCCUUGUGUUCUUUAAUGAUUUAGUCCAAAACGAUUUCAACACUCUCUUCAAUUACAUCCAUAGCAACAAACCCAACUACUUCGGUGCAGGAGUCCCAGGUUCUUUCCAUGGACGAGUAUUUCCAAAGGCGUUCCUACAUUUUGCCCACAGCUCCAUGGCACUUCUAUACCUGUCAAGAAUUCCCGAGGAAGUUAAGGACAGAAACUCAGCAGCGUGGAACAAGGGAAGAAUUCAUUACAGUUGUAGUGGAGCAGCAAAAGAAGUAGAGGCGGCAUAUUCAGCUCAGUUCAGAAAAGAUAUAGAAGCAUUUUUGGACGCAAGAGCAGAAGAGCUGAUUCCAGGAGGAUUAAUGGUGAUUAUAACUCUUGGAAUUCUUGAUGGGGUGCUUCCUUCUGAGUGUUCCAUGGGAGUCAAUUUCAGCAUUCUUGGAUCUUGCCUAGAGGAUAUGGCCAAAAUGGGCAUCAUAUCGGAGGAAAGGUUGGAUUCGUUCAACCUCCCAUACUAUUACACAUCACAUAUGGAACUGGAAACACUGAUAAAGGCACAUGGAUGCUUUGACAUCGCAAGGUUUGAGAAGCUACCAACUCCCUUCAGACAAGUUGUACACGAUAUCCAGACUGUAGUCUUAUCUAUACGAGUGGUAACAGAGGGACUAUUUGAGGAACACUUCGGGAAAGAUAUCAUUGAGGAAUUGUUUCAGCGUUAUGCUGAAAAAGUUGGUUCACAUCCAGUUUUGUACGAUGAUAAAUAUCGAACAGAGGCCAGCUACUUUGUGUUUCUCAAGCGCAAAACCAAUACAUCCAAACCAGGAACCUAGUUUGGUUCUUAGAACUUACCAUGUGCCUCGAAACAGUUAUGUGAGAAAGAGGCAUUUGCAGAACUUUGUGAUUGUGCACCUGUUUGUAUAAACCAAGGGAGAUAAUCCCCUGCAGAAUUGAAAUUUUUAUAUGGCAAUUCCAGCUCUUCUGGAAAUUAAAAAUAGAAAAAUAAACACUGCCACCAGAGAAUACUCAUGACUGAGCUGAGUAUAUAACGUGUGGAGAAACUGUGAAUAAAGGACAUGGAAACCACCAUACCGUGA